AUGGCGGAGUGGAAAAGAUUGGUACUUUCGUGGCGCGUUCACAUUUCGCCGACGAGAUCGCCGAAGAAUUCGACCGACCUCGUACUUCCGGCUUUUCCGCAGUCGCAGAAAGUCAUGAGUGGCGAUCACGUCGUAAGGUAUCACGCAGAAAACAUCAGACAUAACAUGGAGGAGGAAAAGAUGCAAAGUCAAGAGUGUAUCAGUGACGAAUACGAUAAUUUCAUCAAGCCCAUCAGGAUGGUCUCCAAACUAAUCUCCAUUUGGCCGUUGGAAAAGUACCAUACCGCCAAAGCAUCGUUCUUAAAAAAUUGUCACUUGAUUGGGUUAUUUUUUGUGUUACUUUUGGCGUCCGUCACAGAGACGGCCGAUGUGAUUUACCACAACGACGAUUUGGACGAAUUAACGGAAUGCGCUCUGAUCUGUUCCGCUUUUUAUCUUUCUGUCAUACGUCUCAUCAUCUAUACACUUCAUCGAAAGGACUUGCAGUACGUGGUUGAGAUCAUGAGGGAGGACUGGAUUACGUCGUCUUAUGAAGACGUGCUUGUCCUGAGAGAAAAGUGCAUCUUCGCAUUUCGGCUCGCAAAGUGCUUUAUAAUUAUGGUAAUCGCCAACAUAAUCAUGUUUGCGUGCGUGCCGAUUUUAGAGAUUUAUAUUCUGGGAGCGAAGGAAAAGCUUUUGCCGUUUCGCGGCUACUUCUUCGUCAAUCAGACGGUCACACCUGUCUAUCAGUGCCUUUAUGUUUUCAACGUAAUAGCCGGCAGCUCCGUGGGUGCCACGAUAUCAAGUGUGACCAGCUUUACUCUGAUUGCGAUAACACACGGAUCGGCGAAAUUCGCGGUGCUGCGAAAGAGGCUCGAGGCGAUGAGCAGCAAUGAUUUCGACAUCAAGAAAGUUGUGGUUGACUGCGUCAAGCGUCAUCAGGAUGCUAUUGCUUUCGCAGACGCGCUGGAAAGGCUCAUAAACGUCCUGGCGUUAGGACAGUUUAUCAUCAGCACUGGUCUGGUCUGUUUCGCGGGAUUUCAAAUCACCUCAAUGUUGGAGAACAAAGGACGCUUGAUAAAAUACUCGACUUUCCUGAAUGCCGCUAUCGUCGAACUUUUCAUGUUCAGUUUUAGCGGAAAUAACUUAAUAACUGAGAGCGAGGCCGUGGGCGAGUCGGCUUACAGCAGCGGUUGGAUCGGCGGUACUUUCGGCCGAAGUCUGCAGAUCGUGAUGUUACGGUCGACGGUUCCCUCCAGAAUCACCGCUGCCAAAUUCUACAGCAUGUCGCUUGAAAGUUUUGCUCAGGUGCUCAGCACGUCCUUCUCCUACCUGAUGGUUUUAAAGGCCACGAGCGACGAAUAGGGAUCAGCGAGCGACAUUGGCAAUCCAGCGCGGGCUCCAUUUCACAGAGAAUACGCUAGUCGAAGCCCGUCAGCCCGAAAAUACACGCGCGGAUCAAAGGAGGCCCAACAUGAAAGUCGCGGCGCGCUCUCAAGAUCCGCAUAAAAGGCGGAUGAAGAAGCGCGCCCGAAGCCGCGGGGGUUACGGCGGGAAGGGAGACCGUACGACAGCGAUACGCGAAAUGGAGUGCACCUCGUAACGGCCGCGAUAGUCCGCAACCAGCAUCUCUCUUCCUCUCCCCGUUGGCUGUACAUGUUCUGUUAAAUAUGAGACGUUGCCCGGCGCUUUCGGGCGAACGCAGACACAGCAAAUUGCCUUCUGAUUAAUUCCCGGCCGAUGGAACCACGUUAAACCACGGCGGCGGUCGCUACCCCCACAACACACUGACCCAGUAACUCCGUUAAACACCAAGACACACCGGCGACCGUACCCUCGUUGUACA